AUGCGGCCGCCGGGCGGCCGGGGCGCGGGGGCGCGCGGGUACCGGGCCGAGCGCCCGCCGGCGCCCGGUCCAGGCUGCGGGCGCCCCCCGCCCCGCGCCGCAGGCCGGGACCCCGCGGCCGCCCCCGUGCCGGUGUCCGCGCCGCCGCAGGGCCUUCCCGGGGGCGGCGGCUUUGCAGGCUUGGAGUUCGCGCCGGAGCCGCGGGCCGCGGACCUAGGGGCCUCAGGGACGUGGGCGGGGGCGGCGGGGCCUCCGACGCCGUCGGCGCACAUCCCGGUGCCAGCGCAGAGAACCCCCCCAGGAAAAGCCAGGCUGGACGAGGUCAUGGCUGCGGCAGCCCUCACAAGCCUGUCCACCAGCCCCCUCCUGCUGGGGGCCCCAGCUGCAGCCUUCAGCACAGAGGCUGGCGUGGAGCCCUGGAAGGAGGCCCUGGUGCGGCCGCCAGGCAGCUGCAGCAGCAGCAGCAGUGGGGACUGGGGCUGGGAUCUGGCCAGCGACCAGUCCUCUCCGUCCACCCCAUCGCCCCCGCUGCCCCUCGAGGCAGCCCACUUCCUGUUUGGGGAGCCUGCCCCAAGGAAGAGGAAGAGCUCGGCGCAGGUGCUGUUCCAGUGUCUGUGGAAGCGCUGUGGGAAGGUGCUGAGCACGGCCUCCGGGAUGCAGAGACACAUCCGCCUGGUGCACCUGGGGCGGCAGGCAGAGGCGGAGCAGAGCGAUGGCGAGGAGGACUUUUACUACACGGAGCUGGACGCUGGUGUGGACACACUGACCCGUGGGCUGGCCAGCCUGAGCCCAGCAUCCCCCAUAGCCUCCGCACCACCUGCCUUCCCUACCCUAGAGCUGCCAGAGCCCCUGGCCCGCCCCCACGUGUGGCACCGUGACCACGCCUACCAGGGCUGCCUGGCACCCGUCCGCCUGGAGCCACCACCCACCACAGUCAGGGCCUGCGUGCCCGCCCUGCCCACCAAGCUCGGUGCCAACCCGAGGAAGCCCCGAGGUGAUGCCAAGAAGUGCCGGAAAGUGUACGGCAUGGACCACCGGGACCUGUGGUGCACGGCCUGCCGCUGGAAGAAGGCGUGCCAGCGCUUCCUGGACUGAGCCCACCACUCUGGUGCCACUGCCCGCCACCCGGCAGGGCUUUUUAAAGGGGAAAAUAAGCUACCCACCCCCCAGCCAGGGGCCUCUCCUAGCCGCAGAGUCUACUUUUUAAUGUAGGGGGUAGCCGGUGACCCUGGACCCCCAGAGGUGGAGGGGGUCCCAUCACUCAAAGUGCCUCUGAAGAAACCAGCCUUUUGCACUAAAGCCAAACCCCACGGCUGCCCCCUUGGCCCCAGGACCCUUGGGAGGGGGCCCACCCUCCCCGCCUCUCAGCUGGUGGACUUGUCAGGGUGCUGAAGGGCCUGGCUUCUGGGCCACACGGGGGCCGGUCCUUGAUGCACUUUGAGGGGUAUCAGGGAAGGCCUCCCCUGCCCGCACUUAACCUGAUGGCUCGACGUUUGUGCCGCGUUUUCAAAGCUCAGGUGUCUCGCGUCUGGGCUCCACCAGGCGAGGAGAAAAAUUAAAGAUUUGAGUUUUUUCCAGAA